UCAAAUCUCCCACAUUUCUGCAGCAGAAAAGAAAGAUCUUUCCUUUUGACUCCCCAAUGAAUCAUGCAAUCACAGAGCAAGAAUUGCUCUCUCCUUAUCUCCUCCUCUUCAAAUCGCUCUUGCUCAUCCCAGUCUCUCACUAUCUCAUCUCCUUCUUCCUAACAAUUCUACUUUUCCUCUACUUCUUCCUCGAGAUUCAUUUUCCUAGAUCAGAUCCUAUCUCUCUCACCUUCAAUCCCAGCUCAGACUUUUGCCAGUUUGUUGUCUCCAAGUGUCGUCUCCUUCACGGACGCUACUUUCCUACGUUUUGGCUCUCAAGCCCUCAUCUUCAAACAGCGUUUCUUAGCCUUGUUGGAAACUCACCUCGUUUCUGCUACAAGCGAAAUCUCUUUCAAGCAACAGAUGGUGGCACAAUUGCUUUGGACUGGUUAAUGCAUUCUGAUGUCAUGGAAGGCAUAUCUCAGGUGGUCAACGGCUUAACUCUAGGAAAUGAUAGAACUCCAAUUGCUAUUGUGGUUCCAGGGCUCACUAGUGAUUCUACUGCUGCUUAUAUUAAACAUCUUGCCUUCAGGCUGGCCAAGGAAGGAUGGAAUGUUGUUGUGAGUAACCACCGUGGACUUGGAGGGAUCUCUUUAACUUCUGACUGCUUCUACAAUGCGGGAUGGACAGAAGAUCUUCGGAAAGUAAUUGAUCACAUCCAUUCUCAGUUCCCAGAGGCUCCUCUGUUUGCUGUUGGAACAAGCAUUGGUGCCAACGUUCUGGUUAAAUAUCUUGGGGAGGAUGGGCCUGAUACACCUCUUAUUGGAGCUACUGCUGUGUGCUCUCCAUGGGAUCUUUUGAUAUGUGACCGAUUUAUCAACCGAAAACUCGUGCAAAAACUCUAUGACAGAGUGCUUACUAUUGGUCUACAAGGUUAUGCACAAUUGCACCACUCCAUCAUUUCUCGUAUAGCCGAUUGGGAAGGCAUUAAGAAGUCACGUUCAGUUCGAGAGUUUGACAACUAUGCCACCAGACUUGUUGGCAAAUUCGAGACAACUGAUACAUACUAUAGACGUUCAAGCAGUGCGCAAUUUGUGGGAAAUGUCGCUGUUCCGCUCCUUUGUAUCAGUGCUUUGGAUGAUCCAGUUUGUACUAGGGAAGCUAUUCCUUGGGAUGAAUGUAGGGGAAAUAAAAACAUAGUUCUUGCAACCACAACACAUGGUGGUCAUCUUGCUUACUAUGAAGGGAUUACAGCAACAAGCAUGUGGUGGGUUAGGGCUGUGCAAGAAUAUUUUGAAGUGCUACUCUCUAGCCCCUUUGCAGAACGAAGACAGAAGACGCAGAUCAUCCCCGAACCAUUGGGAUCUUCGAUUGAUCAGGGACCAUUUCUUGUGGAUACCGGAGAAGAUGGGAUUAUUGCUGCUGCAGCAGCAAGUGAAGUGGAGACAAGAGCUGAUGCAGAACAAGAGAGUAGUGCUCAAAUCGAGAAGACAAGUUAUCAUCUACAAAAGGACAACACCCCUCAAGGUUAUAACAGUUUACUCGGUCCUUUGAAGAAGAGAGUGGAUCAGCUUUCAAGAUACAGCCGGAAAUCAAUCUGGCUAUUAGCAUACAUUGCUAUAGUCACGACGUGGCCACUUCUAGGCCCUGCGUUGUUGAUCUCAAUCAAGAAAAGAUUCAGAAGGGUCGUCGAAAAAUAGAAAUCAUACUCUUAUUGCAAAAUAGAAGCCUUUGUACCAUUAAUAACUUUUGAUUGUAUUUCAUUGUAACCCACUUGAUAUAAGGCAUUUGCCAUUCUAUACAAAGCUCUCACAAGACUUUACACCUCAACAUAAAA